AUGUCGGAAAAAUCAGCGCUGCCCGCCCCCCGGCCGAGAAAGUUCAUCAAGCGUCCCGAUGACUCGGCGAUGAAGGCUCAGGUGGCCCAGCUCCGCGACGAGAUCAAGCAGUUGGACGCGCAGACCGCCGAAUUGACCGCCCAGAUCAACAAGCUCCAGAUCGACCAGAAGGUCAAGGACCGCCAGCAGGAAUUGCGCAAGGAGAUCAAACUGUUGAUCAGCAAGCAAGGCACCGUCAAGCAGCAGCGCAACAAGAUCAACGACGAGAUCAAGCAGAUCGACACCCAGAUCAAGAAGCGCAUCGCCGAAAUCCAGGCGCAAACGCUGAAGAACCAGUUCAAGAACGUCGCCGAAAUCGACGCCAGAGUCAACUACUUGGACUCGCUCGUCGACGCCGGCAACUUGAAGCUCGCCGACGAGCGCCGCUACGUCAAGGAAAUGCUGCUGUUGCGCAAAUUGCGUAAGGACUUUGGCGGCAUCGAAAAGAUCCAGGCGUUGAUCGACGCCGACAAGGAAAAGAUCGCCGACCUCAAGCAGAAGUUGCUGCAGGUGCAAAACAAGGAGUUGAACGCUCAAUUUGACAAGGUCGACGCCGAGCUUAAGCAGAUCGAUCAGGACAACAAGGGCACUUUAACCAAGCGUAACGCGUUGUACGACAAGCGCGGCGCCCUCAAGAAGGAAAAGGACGCCAAGUACGAUGCUAUCCGCAAGGUGAGAGGCGAGUUUGACGACGAAAUGAAGAAGUUCAAGGCGGCGAUGGCCGACGAGAUCAAGCGCCGGGAAGAAGAAGACAAGGACCGCAUUGCUGCCGAAAAGCAAGCCAAGCUCAAGGCCAGGGCCGAGAGAGAGCUCGCCGAAGCGCUGACCCCGGCGUUCACCACCGAGAUCAACUCCAUCCACAACUUGUUGCUGUACUUUGACCCGCUGUACGUGAAGCCGGCGAAGAAGGACCCCUUGGGCAUCAACGGGUCGUUCGUCACCCAGACCUCGGUGCGUACCGUGGAAAUGCCCGCUGACGUGGUGGUGGUGAAAAAGGAACAAGAAGAGUUUGUCCCCUCGCUGAAGCUGAAGAAGGGCAAGCUGAAGCUGAAGAAGAACAAGAACUUCACCGUCGACCCCGACGUCAUCACCGAGUUGCUGGUGUUGCUGAUCCCCUUCCCCACCUCGGAGGAGCUGGUCGCCGACACCAUCAAGGUGUUGCAAGAAACGUUGACCGCCUUAGAAGACAAGCAAGAGGAACAGACUAAGAUCAACGUCGAGAAGGCCAAGGCGAGAAUCGCCGAGUUGGAAGCCAAGGGGGGUGACGACGACGACGAAGAAGAACAAGAAGAAGACGCCGCCGCUGAAGAAGCGUAG